CGGAGGAAAGACGGGUUCUGUUAAGUGAACGUUAAAACAACGCUGUUACCUCCAACUACCCUCCUUGAACAGAGCUGCAACAUAACCGCUGAACUAUGACAGAGCCUCAAUCAGCGCUGUUACUCAGGAGACAGCUUGCAGAGCUGAACAAAAACCCAGUGGAGGGAUUCUCAGCAGGCCUCAUUGAGGACAAUGAUCUCUACAGAUGGGAAGUCCUCAUCAUUGGGCCCCCAGACACACUCUAUGAAGGUGGUGUGUUUAAAGCUCAUCUGACAUUUCCCAAGGACUACCCCCUCAGACCACCUAAAAUGAAAUUUAUCACAGAUAUUUGGCAUCCUAAUGUUGACAAGAAUGGAGACGUAUGCAUUUCUAUUUUGCACGAACCCGGUGAGGACAAGUAUGGCUAUGAGAAACCAGAGGAGCGUUGGCUGCCCAUCCACACCGUGGAAACCAUCAUGAUUAGUGUUAUCUCUAUGCUGGCAGACCCAAAUGGUGACUCACCAGCCAACGUAGAUGCUGCAAAAGAGUGGAGGGAAGACCGACACGGAGCAUUCAAAAGGAAAGUAGCCCGUUGUGUACGAAAAAGCCAAGAGACCGCGUUUGAGUGAUAUUUAUCAAGGAUCUAGCUUCUUUUCUGUUUUCAGGGUCUCCAAUUUGAAAUUCAAGAUGGCACUGUUUCCUGCACUCUUCCACCCUGUCGCCAGGCUUGUCCUCCUUCAUUUUGGCUGGAACAGACUGGCCACUGUAGGCUGCAAUAUAACAUUAAAGUGACUACCGAGGCUGGCAGAAAAUCGCCCAGCAAGUGCCAACACAAAAAAAAAAGAAAACAUGCACCCAGAAGAUGUUAAAACAUUUUUCAAGUUUCUGAACUGCUUCAACAUUCAGGAUGAUAUUGUAAAGACAUGUAUAUAGCACAGACUAAACCGGAUAAUAUAUACACUCCCCUCUCAUCCAUCAAGACAUUUAGACCAAAUAUAUAGUGCUGGUUUGGACACAUUUAGUUUUGUCUUUUGUUCUCUCUACCCCAGCAUGUGUUAGAUACCAUUAGGCUAUUUACACAGGAGGUCUUAAAGAGAACAAAUCAUUGUGCUGUUGGAGGAACAUCAUCUGUGAAGAGGCUGUCUGAUUGACACGUGGUGGACACGUCUGAGGAUUACCACUAGAAUAUAUUCAGAUGGAUUUUACAGCCCUCCCACAUCUCACCUCACCAUAUGUUAACCUGGAUUAUGUUGUCUUUUUUUGCCUCUAUAUGUCUUAUCAUAUUUUAAUUUGGCUCAAAGAAACAUGUUGGUGAUUUAUUUUUUGUGUGCAUGCUGUGUCUUGCCUCUUUCUUUUUUUUUCUUAGUAUUUCCUUUUUUCGUUUUCAAAAGUGCCUCCUAAUAAAAUGCUUGGCCACUCCCCCCUGCAUUAACUAAGUCUGGAAAGGGUUGAAAACUGGAGAAAUUGUCAUAUACCACCUAUAGUAUGGGUUCAUAUAAUAGUCAGUACAUUGGGAAUCUAUAAUUAGAGUAUUUGUAAAAUUUUUCUCUAGCAAUGACCUUCCUAGUAGAAAUUGUACCCAUUAGGUUUUAUUUGAGGUCCUAUUCUUCAGUACUUUUAUUUUAGCAGUGAUUUGUUCAUUUUUUCUGUGUUUACUGUAGGAGCUGAUAUGCAUGCUUUCUUUAUUUUUUCCUUUGGAUGUUUUGGGGGUUUUCUUUCUUUUUUUUUUUUGUUUGAAAGUGUUUGAGUGUUUAUGAACACAGUACAUGUGUCCAUGUUGUUUUGGUGCCCAUUGCCCUUAUUCCCAAGUUUCUGAUGAGUCUACCCUCUGAUCUAGCGCAGUUUUGCUCAAUGUACAAAACAAAAUACUGAUGUAUAUUUGUAUUGUAGUGAGUUCUUCUAAAACAUGACCUUUUUUCAAUAA